UUUUCCCUCCUCUGCCUCCUCCGCAGCCGGACCAGCUCCCUCCCACCUCUGGUGACCAGAGGCCCUGAGACCCCGCCGCACCCUCCCCGGGACCGGCAGCCGGCUGGAGGCGCCCGGAGCGGGGGACCCGGGGGCCCUCCCCGAGUGGCCAGGACCGCGGUCUUCGGCGCCCCCCGACGGCAGAGGGGAGGGGGGGCGGAAGGAGGCCGCGCGCCCCCCUCCCCGGCGCCGACUCCCCCUGGCGGCCGCUCCCAUGGGUGUCGCUGGGCCGCGCCAUGCCCAGGCCUAGGGGGGCGCCGCGAUGGGCCAAGGGGACGACAGCGAGCGCGUCGUGAUCAACGUAGGCGGCACUCGCCACCAGACGUACCGCUCGACGCUGCGCACGCUGCCCGGCACCCGGCUGGCCUGGCUGGCCGAGCCCGACGCGCACAGCCACUUCGACUAUGACCCGCGCGCGGACGAGUUCUUCUUCGACCGCCACCCCGGGGUCUUCGCGCACAUCCUGAACUACUACCGCACCGGCAAGCUGCACUGCCCGGCCGACGUGUGCGGGCCGCUGUACGAGGAGGAGCUGGCCUUCUGGGGCAUCGACGAGACCGACGUGGAGCCCUGCUGUUGGAUGACUUACCGCCAGCACCGCGACGCGGAGGAGGCGCUGGACAGCUUCGGCGGGGCGCCCCUGGACAACAGCGCGGACGACGCGGACGCCGACGGGCCCGGGGACUCGGGCGACGGCGAGGACGAGCUGGAGAUGACCAAGCGCCUGGCGCUCAGCGACUCCCCGGACGGCCGGCCCGGCGGCUUCUGGCGGCGCUGGCAGCCGCGCAUCUGGGCGCUAUUUGAGGACCCCUACUCCUCCCGCUACGCGCGGUACGUGGCCUUCGCCUCCCUCUUCUUCAUCCUGGUCUCCAUCACCACCUUCUGCCUGGAGACCCACGAGCGCUUCAACCCCAUCGUGAACAAGACAGAGAUCGAGAAUGUUCGGAACGGCACGCAGGUGCGCUACUACCGGGAGGCGGAGACGGAGGCCUUCCUCACCUACAUUGAGGGCGUCUGCGUGGUCUGGUUCACCUUCGAGUUCCUCAUGCGAGUCAUCUUCUGCCCCAACAAGGUGGAGUUCAUCAAGAACUCACUCAACAUCAUCGACUUUGUGGCCAUCCUGCCCUUCUACCUGGAGGUGGGCCUGAGCGGACUGUCGUCCAAGGCGGCCAAGGACGUGCUGGGCUUCCUGCGCGUGGUGCGUUUUGUGCGCAUCCUGCGCAUCUUCAAGCUGACACGCCACUUCGUGGGGCUGCGGGUGCUGGGCCACACCCUGCGCGCCAGCACCAACGAAUUCCUGCUGCUCAUCAUCUUCCUGGCCCUGGGCGUGCUCAUCUUCGCCACCAUGAUCUACUACGCCGAGCGCAUCGGCGCUCAGCCCAAUGACCCCAGCGCCAGCGAGCACACCCACUUCAAGAAUAUCCCCAUCGGCUUCUGGUGGGCCGUGGUCACCAUGACAACCCUGGGCUAUGGAGACAUGUACCCGCAGACGUGGUCCGGCAUGCUGGUGGGGGCGCUGUGCGCGCUGGCGGGCGUGCUGACCAUCGCCAUGCCCGUGCCCGUCAUCGUCAACAACUUCGGGAUGUAUUACUCCUUAGCCAUGGCUAAGCAGAAACUACCAAAGAAAAAAAAGAAGCAUAUUCCACGGCCACCACAGCUGGGAUCUCCCAAUUAUUGUAAAUCGGUCGUAAACUCUCCGCACCACAGUACUCAGAGUGACACAUGUCCGCUGGCCCAGGAAGAGAUUUUAGAGAUUAACAGAGCAGAUUCCAAACUGAAUGGGGAGGUGGCGAAGGCCGCGCUGGCGAACGAAGACUGCCCCCACAUAGACCAGGCCCUCACUCCCGAUGAGGGUCUACCCUUUACGCGCUCGGGCACCCGCGAGAGAUACGGACCCUGCUUCCUCUUAUCAACUGGGGAGUACGCGUGCCCACCUGGUGGAGGAGUGAGAAAGGAUCUUUGCAAAGAAAGCCCUGUCAUUGCUAAGUAUAUGCCGACAGAGGCUGUGAGAGUGACUUGACCAGGCGACUUGGCCCAGGACACUGGUGGCUAUUAAGCAUCUGGGUGGACCUGCAGCCCCUCCUCACCCUCGGACAGAGUUAAUUCACGCCAUGCAGGUUUGCCGGACGAGUCCGGGUGGCCCAGGCAUUGUACUAGGACGGACGUAGCUUUUCCUACGGCCAAAUGGUAACCGACCGUAGAGGAUUUCUUUCUUUUUUGUUCUUUUCAUUUAAAACAAAGGUCAUUUUAUUUGGGGGAUGGGGGGGUGGCGGGAUGCCUUAGCAUGACUUGCAUGACGUUUAGAGAAAACCCAGCCAACCAACCCCACCAACCCCACCAACCCCACCCCUGCAACUGUAUGAUUCCCCUAAACCACACCAACGGAAAGAAAAAGCAAACGUCCUCUAUUUCCUUUCAAAGCUCGUUACUUUUACACUCGGCACUGGAGCCAAACUGUCACGGCAUCCUAAGUAGCAGCCUAUAAGUGGGGUGGGGAGGGGUCCCAGGGAGGAUCAGGGUGGGGUGAGGUGGGGAACAGAUUGCUUCCCUUUUGUACACGGGAUUAAGUAAAGGUUCCAAAAACGGUAGUUGGUCAGUCAUCGGUCACAUUGACCACACCUCCAUAGUCCAUCUCUCACGUGGAAACAGAACUUUGCUCCCAACAGAGCCGUGGAAACUCGCACUGCCGCCCUCUUCCCUGUUUGGCAUGCUUGUCACACUGUGGACACCUCCCCAGGACCCCCGGCAGCAGCUAGUCUAGGUUGACUCUGUCUUCUCGGUGUGUAGAUCCACUGUGACCAGCUCCCAUAACCAGUCAUUCCUAGUAAAUAACCAACACACCCUGUGGAUUUCCCAAGUGUCACCUAGAGCACCGGAAGUCAGGAACCAGGGAGGGAUGGCCCUCCUCCACCUUUCCUAAGGCACAACCUGGCACUGUAUGCAAUUUAGAACUUCAGAGUUAAAACAAAAAACUGCAUGCCCAAUGUUAUGCAAAGCGAUUCCAGCAUGAAAUAAAUUUUGUAUCAUGGUUUCUGUAUAGCCUAAAGCAGAUUUGUUUUCCUGGAGCAAUCGGACGUUUGCAGAGACGCACUUCUGCAUCUCAAAUAAAUAGAGUAUUUUCCCAACAGAAGCAGAGGACAGUAGCUUGGCUUUGGUCUGAUUCUAAAAUUAGUGGUGGUGGGGGGUGGUGGGCAAGGAUGAUAUUUUUGAAAAACACAUGCUUGAUUUGAAAGGAAACCGCAACAUCUCAAGCCUUCACUGCAGCUCAAGACGUUUCCUGGAAAGAGCAAGGCUGCUUUAGCCAGCGGCCCUGGCCCUGGCAAUAAAAAGCUGACUUUGGAGAUGAA